AUCUGUCUUUUAUAUAACCCCAGGUAACCCCUCCAUGAUAACGAUAAGAUCUUGUCUCCAGAAAUCUCUUCAGCGGGGAUCAAUUUUUUCUCACUCCAACCGACCCCUUGGACAUGGAAUACCUCAAAAUUACUGGAGAUUCUUGCUUCACAGCAGCGGAGGCUGUGAAGCUUGCUGCUAGAAUCAAUGAUCUUCAUGCUGUGAAGGUCGAGCUUAAGGGUGUUUGGAUUCAUUACACUCAUCUGCGACAUACUGAUCCCGAAACUGAAGCCAAACUUAAACAACUUCUUCCAGGUUCAGAGGCGAUUUUGGAGGCUGAGUUAAGGAGUAAAAUAUAUUGUAAGUUGUCUCUUUGUCAUAGAUCGCAUAUCAAAACAUUCUUCUCAAAUUGAGCCUUGGAGACGUUUCGAUUGUCAAAACUCAGCUUGAAUAUUGAAACCAUUUGAUUGUUGAAUCUCAUUUGGGAGUUUGAAAGGGGUGUUUCUUUGGGAGUAUGACUUUUUGCGUCAUCUGCGCCUUGUUCAACAGUCAUGGCCCCUCAUUCCUUCCUAAGUAUCCACAACAUUAAUUAACUCCUUUAUUCUUCAGAUGUUACUCCGCGAAAUCUUUCCCCAUGGAGUUCCAAAGCCACAAAUAUCGCACAUGUAUGCGGUCUCGAAUCCCAAGUUCGAAGAAUCGAAAGAGGUCGUGCUAUUUUGGUACAAUUCGCCGAACCAUCUGAGGCAGAGGUGAGCAUAAUCAGUUUCCUUUCUGUCCACAUACCUUUAGGUUAAAUAUUGUUAAAAUUCAAUGCUACCGAUCUCCAAAAGCAAUCACUGACUUUCUGUUUCUUAGGCGGACGAUUUGCCAUUCAAAGAUAUCCUUUACGACCGCAUGACCGAGAACUUUAGUGCCGAAGAACCAGAUGUUCACAAAAUUUUCGAAGAGGGGGAGCCAAUUCCAUUGGAAGUUGUUGAUCUUUGGGUAGACGGUUCAACACCAAUUGAAGUUUUAAAAGCCUAUAAUGUGAAGCGUGGACUAGCUCUAGACAUCCCCGAAAUGGAGUACCUUGUGGAGAAAUACACACAACAUGGAAGAUCCCCUACCGAUGUUGAGUUGUUUAUGUUUGCACAGGUCAAUUCUGAGCAUUGUAGACACAAACAGUUUAAUGCGAACUGGACGAUCGACGGCAUGAGUAUGGAUAGGAGUUUAUUCGAAAUGAUUCGAAACACUCAUAAAAAGAACCCCGGUUUUACCGUAUCGGCAUAUAGCGAUAAUGCUGCCGUCUUACAAGGAGAGAUGGCAAGUCACUGGGCUCCGGAAUACUCUACUGGUAGCUGGAAGCAAACCCCCGAAGUUGUGCAUAUUUUAGCGAAGGUCGAGACUCAUAACCAUCCUACGGCAAUUUCACCCUUUCCAGGAGCAGCAACCGGUUCUGGUGGAGAGAUUAGAGAUGAGGGUGCUGUUGGUAGAGGAUCCGCCCCAAAAGCUGGUCUCUGUGGAUUCUGGGUAUCGGACCUUUUGAUUCCGGGACACAAGCAGCCCUGGGAAAUGGAUGUUGGCAAACCAGCGCAUUAUGCCAGUAGUUUGGAUAUCAUGUUAGAAGCACCAAUUGGCAGUGCCAGAUUCAACAACGAGUUCGGUAGACCGUGUCUUGCUGGCUCUUUCCGUACUCUCCUCACAGACGCGGAUGCAUCAACAGACGAGUGCCGGGGUUAUCACAAACCUAUCAUGAUCGCUGGUGGGCUCGGUACCGUCAGACCCGGACACGCUCUGAAGAAUGGCAAUGAUGUGAAGCCUGAAGCUCAUGUGAUUGUUCUUGGAGGUCCAGCAAUGCUGAUUGGUCUUGGUGGAGGCGCAGCUUCAAGUAACACAUCCGCCGGGGAAAGUUCUGUCGAGCUUGACUUUGAUAGUGUUCAGCGAGGAAACCCAGAAAUGGAACGGAGAGCCCAGAUGGUGAUUGAUCACUGCAGAGCCUUGAAGGACGAGAAUCCUAUUGCGUUCAUUCAUGAUGUAGGAGCUGGUGGAUUAUCCAAUGCUUUACCUGAACUCGUUAAGGAUGCCGGAUAUGGUGGUAAAUUCGAGCUUAGAAAUGUUGAAAGUGCGGAUGGAAGUAUGAGUCCUCUACAAAUCUGGUGUUGCGAAGCUCAAGAACGCUACGUCUUGAUCGUCAAUAAGGAGGACCUUGCUAGAUUCACCAGCAUUGCUAGUAAGUUUUGUCUCAAGAAAAAGUCAACUCAGUACUAAUUAUCUACAGAACGUGAACGAUGUGGCUUCUCCAAUGUUGGAACUGUUGUCCCUAAAGAUCAAGAUGGAGUUGCCAGACUUGUGGUGACUGAUCGAGAUUCUUCCCAGCAUCCUACGCCUAUCGAUCUUCCUAUGUCUACCUUGUUCCCUAAGGAUAGGAAGCUGGACAGAAUUGUUCAAUCUAGGAGGCCGCAACUACUUCCAUUCAACGUAGAGAAGUCUCUCAAGGAAGCCUAUCCACAUAUUCCUGAUCAUGAUCUCUUAAGAAUGGCCAUCGAGCGCGUCUUUUCUUUACCGUCUGUUGGCUCCAAAUCCUUCCUCAUUACUAUCGGAGAUCGUUCAGUAGGAGGAUUGACGGUUCGUGACCAAAUGGUUGGACCAUGGCAAACCCCUGUUGCAGAUGUAGCUGUCACAGCCACUGCUCUUAACAUUGGGGGCAAGUUGAAGACUGGUGAAGCUAUGGCUAUGGGUGAAAAGCCCACCUUGGCUUUAAUUUCGGCUGCAGCGUCGGCUAGAAUGGCGGUUGCCGAGAGUUUGAUGAAUAUUGGAGCAGCACAUCUUCUAGGUAACUUACCUCGCAUUCGUUUAUCCGCAAAUUGGAUGGCUGCAGUGAACCAACCUGGUGAGGGUGCAGCUUUGUAUGAGGCAGUCCAAGCAAUUGGAAUGGAUCUCUGCCCUAAGCUAGGAGUCAGUAUCCCCGUCGGCAAAGACUCGACAUCAAUGAAAGCGUCGUGGAAGGACCAGAAGACUGGAGACUUUAAAACAGUCACAGCUCCUAUGACAGUUGUUAUCUCAGCCUUUGCACCAGUCGCAAAUGUUCGUAACACAUGGACACCUGCAAUUCGAAGAUUGGAAGAUGUCGGAGAAACUACAUUAAUGUAUGUUGACCUUGCUCAAGGUCAUAAAGCCUUGGGUGGGUCAGCACUGGCUCAAUCUUUUGGGCAGGUUGGAGAUGAAGCACCAGAUGUCAGGGACACUGAUCUUAUUGUCGACUACUUCGAUGCUUUACAACAGUUACACGAGUCAGGUGUCGUCUUGGCUUAUCAUGAUAUUUCAGAUGGUGGUUUAUUAACUACGAUCGCCGAAAUGAUGUUUGCUGGGCGAUGCGGCGCCGAGAUCAUGCUUGACGGAGUUUCAAAAAGUGCAUCCCCGUCUCAUGUGAUCGAAGCUUUAUUCAACGAAGAACUUGGUGCAGUUUUCCAAGUCCGAAAAUCGGACGAGGUCAACUUCAUGAGGUGUUUUGCUACCUGUGGCCCUCCUCCAGGACUCAUCAGAAAGAUUGGUCGAGUGCCAGCUGCAUCGAAACAGCAACUCGCCAUUCGCUACGGACAGAAGCCAAUCUUACACAUGCCCAGAUCUGAGCUUCAACAACAGUGGACCAAAACGUCCUACCAGAUGCAACGUCUCAGAGACAACGUCGAUUGUGCUGACGUUGAAUUUGAGAACAUUAAAGAUGACCGUGACCCUGGGCUCCAUUAUGAACUUACCUACGAACCUAAGGAGAAUAUUCUCCCAUUGACAGCAUCAAUCACAUCUGCCUUCGCAAAGGCACCUCGCGUGGCUAUCCUCCGUGAACAAGGAGUUAAUGGUCACGCCGAAAUGGCAUUCGCUUUUAAGGCUGCAGGAUUUGAUCCUAUCGAUGUGCACAUGACUGACAUUAUCUCCGGGCAUUAUUCUCUAGCUAAUUUUGUUGGAAUUGCUGCCUGUGGUGGUUUCUCUUACGGUGAUGUCCUUGGUGCCGGUCGUGGUUGGGCAAAUUCUAUUCUUAUGCAUGAACAAAAGGCCCGACCAGAGUUUGAAAACUUCUUCAAACGCCCAGAUACCUUUGCAUUGGGUGUUUGCAAUGGUUGUCAAAUGCUUAGUCGCAUAUCCGAACUUAUUCCUGGCACUUCUCAUUGGCCAGUUUUCGUUGAUAACCAAUCUCAACAAUUCGAAGGCAGAGUCAGCAUGGUUAAGAUCCAAGACAAUGCCAAGAAGCCAUCUGUUUUCCUCCACGGUAUGAAUGGAAGUUCCUUACCUAUCGUUGUCUCGCACGGUGAAGGUCGAGCUUCUUUCAAGAACGACGCCGACUUGGGAGCUUUGAAUGCCGACAAUCUCAUCCCAAUUAGGUAUACCGACAACUUUGAUAAGCCAACCAUGAGAUACCCAUACAAUCCAAAUGGCAGUCCCGAAGGUAUUGCGGCGGUUAGAAGUUUGGAUGGAAGAGUAUUGGCUAUGAUGCCACAUCCCGAGAGAACGAUCAUGGCAGAUGUGGGUAGUUAUGUGCCAAGUGAGAGCGUAGAGGAAUGGGGAGAAUUCGGACCCUGGGUGAGAAUGUUUAAGAGUGCUAGAAGAUGGGUUGGUUGAUUGUUGCGAUUUGGAUGGGGUUUACGGAUGAAAAUGGCUAGAAUUGGGAAAGAUAUCAUUGUAUACAUUGUUUUGAUGGAGUUAUAGGGGUAGAUACGAGAUGGAUGGUUAUCACGCGGAUAUUAAGAAAUAUUUUUGUUUCCUCGAGGAGGGAUUCUUAUUCUUAGAAACUGAA